UGACAAACAGCCUGUUUAGCAAUAACAUGGAUAAACUUCAUUUAUUUGUUACAAGGGUUAUAAGAUAAGCAAGUUCCAUGAUCAAUUCAUGUUUACACAUAUUUAUACAUUUCUUAAAGACAUAUGUAUUGUGUAUAUCAACAAACACGAAUUUGUGUUAUCAAAUUGUAUCGAAUGCAAUAUUAAAUAGUUUACUAUCAAAUUAAACAGUAUGAGUUUACAUUGGAGAAUACUUUGUGGAAUAAAACAAAGAUCACAGAUUCCAUCGUUACAAGUUCUUAUAAAAGAUUAUUCUACAUACCAACAAUCUUCUACGAGGAAAAAAUAUGAAUCUUCCAAGAAUACAGAAGAUCCUAUUAUGUUGUAUGCAACAUAUGUUGCUGUUGCUGCAUCAGUUUUAGGCAUAUCUUAUUUUAUUUCUAAACAUAGAAGAAAUGUUUAUGCUCUUAAUGUAAUACAAAAUGUACAAUGUGGUCAAUUUCGGAAGGAUUUAAAGACUUAUAGCUUAGAAGAAGUAAGAAUACAUGAUAACAAAAAAAAUCGUAUUUGGGUUACCUUUAAAGAAGGUGUAUAUGAUAUAACAGAAUUUGUAGACAAACAUCCAGGUGGUUCGUCAAAAAUCAUGAUGGCAGCGGGAAGUUCAAUAGAUCCCUUUUGGUCAAUUUUUGCAAAUCACAAAACAUCUGAAAUAUAUUCAUUGUUAGAAUCCAUGAGAAUAGGUAAUAUAUCAGAAGAAGAUGCUAAAAAUGAUGAAAACGACUUGCAUGAUCCAUAUGCAAAGGAACCUAGCAGGCAUAAAGCUUUAAUAGUAAAUGGUAGUAAACCUUUUUGUGCGGAACCACCAUCUACAGUAUUGGUUGAGAGUUUUCUUACACCAGUUGAUCUUUUUUAUGUUAGAAAUCAUUUACCAGUGCCAGAAAUAGAUUUAAAAGAUUACACAUUAGAAUUAGCGAUAGAAGAAAAAAUAAAAAAGACACUUGACUUUAAAGCAAUAACAAAGUAUAAAAAAUAUACUGUAACAGCUGCUGUCAUGUGUGGUGGAAACAGACGUUCAGACAUGUCAAAGGUAAAGAAAUUGAAAGGUAUCAACUGGAGUGUUGGUGCUGUUGGAAAUGCAACAUGGGCUGGUGCACGAUUGUGUGACGUAUUAAAAGAUUUAGGAAUCAAUGAAGAUGAAUUUGAUCAUGUUCAGUUUGAAGGAUACGAUUUAGAUCCAUCUGGCACACCAUAUGGUGCAAGUAUUCCUAUUGCCAAAGCUAUGGAUCCGAAGGGAGAUGUAAUUUUAGCUUAUGAAAUGAACGGUGAACCAUUAAGCAAAGAUCAUGGAUUUCCGAUUCGAGUAAUUGUUCCUGGUGUUGUUGGCGCCAGAAAUGUUAAAUGGCUUAGUAAAAUUUGUAUUUCAAAGAAGGAAAGUCAGUCACAGUGGCAACAGGGCGACUAUAAAGGAUUUUCACCAAGCACAGAUUGGGACAAUGUAGAUUUUAGUAAGUCGCCCGCGAUACAAGAAAUGCCUGUAAUAUCUGCAAUAUGCGAUCCACAAAAUUCAGAAGUAGUUGAAGUUAAGAAUGGAAAAAUACAAGUGAAAGGUUACGCAUGGUCUGGUGGUGGUCGAAAGAUCAUUCGUGUCGAUGUAACAAAUGACAAAGGAAAGACAUGGCACACAGCACAUUUGACAGAAGAUCUCAAGGCAAAACAAAGUCGACACUGGAGCUGGUCAUUAUGGAAAGUGGAGCUUCCUGUUGACAAAAAUGUUAAUGAGACUGAAAUUUGGGCAAAAGCAGUUGAUUCUGCAUAUAAUGUUCAACCUGAAAGUUUCACAAAUAUCUAUAAUCUUAGAGGAUUGCUGUGCAACGCAUAUCACAUAGUUAAAGUUAAAUUAAAGCAAUAAAUCAAUUUGUUACUUUUUUUAUCAAUUAUUUACAUUUUA